AAAUUGUCAACUUUGAAGUUGACCUAAAGUUCUAAACUAAAAAUCCGAUUUUUGUUUUCUAUCAGUUGCGUUUAUUAAAAAUAUCAACAGCACUCACUUUUGUCUACAUGAUGUGGGUGUCUGAAUGAAGAAUUAUCCCUCAAUAUUAUAUCUCAAAUCGAUCGCAACUAAUAACCAAAUAAACUAAACGAUUAACUCACGACUAAAGGCUGCAGCACAGUAUCGAUGCGGCGAGACAGCCAACAUAAAAGGCAGAGUAAAUACUGAAGAAGAUGUCCAUUGAUGUUAUAAAACUUUUGAUAGCGGAGCAGAAGCAGUGGCUGAGGUAUCCGAUCCCGGGAUUUUUUGCCGGCCCGUCGGAGAACGAGGACGGCACCAAAAACUGGAUGGUGUGGAACUGCGUGGUGUCAGGGAUGAAAUCUACGCCGUGGGAGCACGGGCGCUUUCCCGUUCGAUUGUAUUACAACAAUCUGUAUCCCGGCUCGCUGCCGCUUGUGCGCUUCGAGUCGAACAUAUUCCACCCGAACAUUGGUCCCACGCGUUACCUGAAGAUUCCGAGCCAAGUGCUCGAACCCACAUUCCUGGCCCCGAAGAUGGAUGUCAGGAUGAUACUACUAGCUAUCCAGCAUAUUCUGGUAUAUCCGGACCAGAGUCUGAGUGCGCGGGUGAACAAGAAGGCGCUUUAUUUGUACCAGACCAACCGCCCGCACUACAACUACCGCGUCGCAUAUGUGGCAAACAAACACUCUGCCACAUCGGGAGAUGCAGGCACACACAUAAUAAAAGCAGAAAGGUUCGCGGGAACAUAGCAAUCCCGCAUCCCAGCACUCCCCCAACAAAAAAUUGAUCUUCAGAUAAAUAUCAAAA